ACAAAGCUGCAGUAAAAAGUACUAUCGCUGUCGGUAAGUAAACACAUAUUAUAACUUGUUUGAUACAUUUUCUUGCGCCAAGUUGAAUAAAGACUAAUUUCGUGACCAUUAUAAGUCUAUAGAAGUCAAUGUCGAUCUGUUGAUUUUUAGGAAUUGGUUAUACGCAGUUAUCUGAGUUUUUGCUGGAUUAGAAGUGCCCUCAAUAUCUGCUAAUACAUAUCAAAUGAUUCAAACAAAUUUACAGAAAGAAAUUCAAAAUACAGCUUGGAUUGAGAUGAAAAAAGCCGGCGAAGAGGAGAAAAAAUUAGCAUUAGAAUCCGGUGAGUAUAAUUGGUUAUAAAACCAAAAAAGUUUUAUUUGCUGGUAUCCGAAAUCGAUAUUGCGUGACGUGUGAGAGAGCGUCUCAUAAAAACAUCGAUGCGCCUAUACAUGCAUGUUUUUUGAACUGGAAAAGGGAGCCACAAGUAUUGAAGCUGACGCUAUUGCCGAAGGAUUUUAAAAAAGUGUUGAAAUGCAUGGUGUUAAAUAUUUCAAACUGAUUCGGCGUUGGUGAUAGUAGCAUAACGAAACGUUUAAAUGAUAUACUUCCAUACGGCCAUGCACUAAGAGUAGAAAAAAUUGAAUGUCGGAAUCAUUUACUAAGGAAUUAUUCCAAAAAAAUGUCGGCCUUAAGUAAACGAACUGAUAUGCCAAUUGAUACCAGGAAAAAAAUAUCCAAAAAUAUUCUUAGGCUAAGAACCGAUAUCACUUGUGCUAUAAAAUAUCGAAAAUCACAAAAUGCACAACUAUUUCAAAAGAUAUCAGAUAAAGUUGAGUUGAAAAACGAGCAUUAUUUCAAGUACCAUAAAUUAACAAUGUAUUUAUUUUAUUUUAGCACUUCGAUUUGAUAUAAUUAAUGCACCAAACCGUCGGUUAUUCAAUAACCACGAUAAGUGUUCUUCUUAUUUUUGUAAAGAAAGAAAAUAUCGCUAUAAAAACGCAAAAUAUUUUGUCGGUAGUAAAUAUAAAAAAAUAUCAGAUAAAAUAAAUAUUAUUGUUUCUCGUCUAACUAAAAGUGCAAAUAGUUUGUUUAUUAGAUAAUAAUAUUUGCGAACAAUUUAAUAGCGUAAUAAAUAAAUUUUUGGGGAGUAAACGUAUACAUUUUACGCAAAAAAGUUCAUAUACAACUCGGGUUCAGGCAGCAGUAAUGAGUUUCAAUUCGAAAGAGUACUUAUUACGUACAAUUAAAAAACACGUAGCACAGACUAGCCCAGGAUUAAUAGGAAAAUAUUUUUUGAAACGAACGUUGGAUAAACGUAAUUUAUGCCAAAAAAUACGACGAACAAUAAAAAAAAUUCCUAAAAUAAGUAGCAAAACAUCAGGAUGGGCUGAUAAAGAUUAUGGAAAUGCUGAACCGUUGGACAAUGUAAGAAACAUAAGCAAUGCCGACUUAAUUAAAGAAAUGGAUACAUUUGUGAAAACACUGAAUGAAGUUAAUCGGACACAGAUAGAAAUUGAAACUCGAGAUCAAGCAGCUAGCGAAACAUGGAGACUUGAAAGAUUGUCCAGACUUACUGUAAAUAAUUUUGGUCGGAUUUGUAAGAUGCGACAAACUACAAGCUGUAAAAAUAUUAUAAUACUAUAUAUUCAAUUUUGUACAAUACCUUUAAUAGCAAAUCAGUACAGUAUGGUAGGAAUAUGGAAAACAUAGCAAAAAAACAUUUUGAGCAGUUAUAUGGUAUUCAUGUCAAUGCAUGUGGUUUGUGUAUAUAUAAAGAUUAUCCAUACCUCGCUGUGAGUCCUGAUUUUAUUUACAGUGUCUACUACCAGAAAUAGUUGAUCAGCUCUAUAAAUAUCGUCUGAUGGUAUCUGACAUACGAGAGCCGGAAAAAAAUGUUAUAACAAAAUCAGCUAAAAUAAAAUUGUUUUAAAUUUGUUAUUAUUUAUUAAUGAUCAGUUAAUUUUUAUUCCCUUACUAUUUAUAUAAGUAUUAUGCUAAUGAACUAUGUUAAAUAUAUUAAAAUAAUAUUAUUAUUAUGUUAAUAAGUAAAAACGUUGUAUGGAGGUAUCAAUACGACUUAUUCUGGUUUAUGAGAAAAUUAUUCAUCGGUCGUGAUAA